UUCAGAAGUUUAGGAAACGUUCCUGAAUGAUCAUAGUUUACGUUAGGAGAAAAAUAUAUGCAAUAUUAUAGUGAUGUUUAUUGGAAUUGUUGUAAUCAGCCUGUAAAGUUGUAUUUGGUUAUAUCAAUAUAAGAUUUAUGCCGUCAAUGACUACAAGGGAAAUUUUAAACCCACCAAUGAAAUUGAGUAAGAAUAACGCGGGAAAGCAAUGGACUCCGCUGUGUCGUGGUUGUCGGAGUAGGUGAUAGUGGGUUACCUUGCAAUAGAUUAAUCUGAUCUUUAAGGUGGCCACAUAAGUAUAUCCAAAACGUGACUACUUUUUGUAGCCCAUAAUGGGUGAAAACGACACAUCUUUGGAGGAUCCACCUCCCAUAAUGACCAAAGAAAGUGAUAUUGAAUUAGCAGCAUUAGGCAAAAUCUCAUUGCAGAAAGGUGAACGUUCUGUAGAUGCUUCUCUCAAUACUCUGCAUUCAAAUCCAAAACGAAAACAUAUAGAACAAGGCAUGGAGUUGGUCACAGAUUCGAUAAACCAGUAUCAAUCUGAUGUGAGUGACAUUUCUCCGUGUAUUAUUAAAAGCCGGUAUGGCAGGACCCAUAAACCAAAAAUACCAGAAGAUUUUCUUCCAACUGACAAGAAGGUUGCAGCCAUACUUGGUCAUAGCCCACAUAAAAGCCCAGGUAAAGUUACAGGGUCACAAGUCUCUGUGACUGCUGUAGAAGUAGCAAAGGUUUGCCAAAAGGGGCAGGGGCUCUUUGACAUCUUUGUGAAAAAGGAUAGACGAAGCAAGGGAAACACAGAAAUGGAAAAUGUAAAUAGAAAUUCAAAUACUGUCAAAGUAGGUGUAUGUAAUGUGAAAUCAGAAAACCGAGAUACAAACAGUGACAAUGCUGAAAGUUUCUCAGUCAGAGAUGAAGCCACAUCUGCAGGUAAUGAUGGUCUUAGUCCAGGAAUUGUGAAAGAGGAAGUAAAAAGUGAUACAACAGAUAAAACAUGUGAGACCUCUGAGUUGUCGCUCUGUGACGAAAAGAUGUCUGGUUGUGACUGGGUGAUUGGAGACCUUGCAUGGGCUCGUGUUUCUGGUUACCCAUUCUGGCCAUGUAUGAUUGCUUUGGAUCCACAACAGAGAAUCUUCACCAAGACGACUGUUCGUGGUAACUUCACUCUUCGAAGCUUACAUGUUCAGUUUUUUGGGGAUAAUGGCAGACGUAGUUGGCUGUUCUCCAAUUGUGUCAUUCAUUUUGAGGGUCUUGAAGCCCUUAAUAAGCUUGAAGCAAAGGUCCAGAGUGCGAUGAAGAAACGGGAUCGUAAACUUGCUGCUGCAUUCCAUGUUGCACCAAAGGCAAAGGCCAAGUGGAAUUUAGCUGUAAAAGAAGCUGAAGCAGCCGUGAAAAAAACGAGAAUUGAACGAUUGAAAAGUUUUGCAAGACAGUUUCCACAAGAUACUUCUGUCAAAGUUGCUCAAACCAGUAAUGCUUCUCCGGGCAGAAGGCAGCAGAAAAGUGUGAAUGAUGAUAGGUACAACUCUUCAAAAAUGGGAAGUAUGGAGGAAGGACCUCAUUCCCCAAGUUCUGAUGUCACUGACGCUAAUGAUAAGGAUUUAUCUCUGUCAGAGACUCCUGACAGUAAAUUUAAAAUCAGUAGCCCACAGGCGAAAAAGAAGAAACGACAGUUAAAGAAGUACAGUUUUCGUGGCAAUAAUUUUGGUGCAGACUUUGAAACAUUUCUCUGCAAGCACAUUCACCGUGUCGCACAGGAACAUCCGGAACUGAGUACUAAAGCAGUGGAGAAGUACCUUGCCAAAGAAUGGAGUGGAAUGGAUGAGCAACAAAAGUCAAGGUUUUGUAGUCGAUUGACUGGUACUAAUGAUACUGAGAAAUGUACUAACAUGUCAAGCAGUGAAGAGGAAGAUGAUGUCGAUGGUGAUGUUGAUGAGAGACAAUCAAAUGAGAGUGAGAAAGCUGAUAGUAAUGAUACCCGUGAUUCAAGUCCUGCUCCAUUUUUCAAACUUAGGAAGGGUUGUGGAUUGUUCCGUGGCACCAGACAGGAAAAAGUUUGCCAGAUAUGUGAGAAACCUGGUGACACUGUGAAGUGUCGAGGUCCGUGCUGUGGUACUUUUCAUAUAAAAUGUGUGUCCGAGUAUUUGGCAGCCAAAGAUAAUAUGAAUGACAUAACCCCAAGCAAUGUGAGAAUAAAGAAAAGCAAAUCUGUUUUAACAAGCCAUAUGAAUAAAGUUGGUAUAAAUGAUGUAUCAUUUAACGUGGUAGAUGGAGAUGAUAAAAAAGUUAGUGAAUUCACUAAUGUUUCUGAAGCUGAUGGUGAACUUACAAAGCCUGUCAGUGGUAUUGCUAAUCUUGUAGAACAUGGUAAUAAAGAUGAGAAAGAAUGCAGUCGUGUAUCAAGGAAGAGGAAAAUGUUCAGUACAGAAGAACAGAUUUGUGUUGCAAACAAGAAGGUUGACAAAGAAAAGACUCUUAAUAAGAAUGACAGAGGUGGGGAAAGCAGAAAGGAUGAAAAUGAGAAAGUGUCUGAAGUAAAAGUGGAUUCUUGUGCUGUUGAAGGAAAUGAAGAGGAACAGGAAUACAAAGAAAAUGUGAAGCAGGAAACAGUUGAUGAGUUGAAAAUGGAUGUGGAUAAGGUAAAUGACAUUGAGGAACUGGAAAAUGACAGUACAGGAACUAUAACCAAGCGAGAUGAAAAUCAAAUUGUAGAUGUUGAUGAAAAAGAAAUAGAAGAUGAUGUAAGGGAAUGCUCAGUGAUUAAAGAAGAAAACCAUACAGAGAUAAGUUCAGAUGAAAUAACCAAGGAGGUAAUGGAAGAUGUGAUAAAGGACAAAACUGUUUCAGAUGGGAGGAGAAGUGACAGGUUGAAAGGCCGCUGUUAUGUGGAAAAUAAAGAAGGAAAGAAAGAUGCUGAGAAGGGUGUGUUUGCUAAGAGAGGAAAUCAAGAUGAGAAGGGAGGAGGGAAAUCUGAUUGUGAUGGAAGUGAAAAUAUGAUGAAAGACGCAGGUUUUUGUGGGGAGAAAGACAAAUAUAAGAGAACAACAAGACUUGUUGCUAAAAAAAGGGAUAGAAGAGAUGAUAAAGAAAUGAAAGCUGAUGGAAAAGAAAUUCAGAAACAAACAAAAGUUACUUCUGAGGAGAAAGACAGAGAUGAAAAGAAAGAGAAAGGUGUUUUAAAGAAAAAGGGUAAAGAAGAAAAGAAGGGAAAGGAUGGUGCAACAGAGGAGAAAUUGGUGACAGACUGUGCAUCUGAAUUCCAUUGCAGUGACUGCAAAGAAGGCCGGAAUCCACCAUGCUUUGCAUGUGGUAAAAUAGAGGAAGAGAAGACUGGCAGAGAGCAGCGCCAGCGCUGUGCAGUGGGUCACUGUGGCAGGUUUUAUCAUAUUGAAUGUCUCAAACUGUGGCCUCAUGCAUGGUCAAGUGGUAGUUCAUCAUCUCGGAGGCAGUUGGCUGCGGCAGCCCGUGGAGAGGUCACUGGAGGACAGGUAGCUGUAACUUGUCCUCAGCAUGUUUGCCACACUUGUGCAUCUGAUGAUCCUAGAAAUGCUACAACACGUUUUGCACAUGAGCGACUGGUACGCUGCAUACGGUGUCCUACUGCAUAUCACACUGGUAACUACUGUCUGCCAGCUGGUUCGGAAGUGCUGACAGGAACACAGAUCAUUUGUCCCAAACAUUAUGAACCUCCACAGAAAAAGACUUAUCAUGUUAAUGCAGCCUGGUGCUUCAUUUGUGCUAUGGGUGGUUCCUUAAUAUGCUGUGACUUAUGUCCGACUUCAUUUCAUAUUGAAUGUCUGCGACUAUCUCCUCCAGAAGGUGGUUUCAUCUGUGAAGACUGUGACACUGGAAGGUUUCCAUUAUAUGGUGAAAUUGUGUGGGUGAAACUUGGAGCUUACAGAUGGUGGCCAGCGCAGAUCUUGUAUCCAAGUCAGAUUCCUGAAAACAUCCACAAUCUACCCCAUGUACGGGGAGAGUUUGCUGUUAGGUUUUUUGGUUCUCAUGAUUAUUACUGGGUGAACCGAGGCAGGGUCUUCUUGUAUCAGGAAGGGGAUACUGGACACAGCGCCAGGCGCAAAUCUUACAUGGAAGAGAUGUUUAGUUGUGCACUGCGUGAGGCUAAUGAAGCUCAUAAAACAUUAGAAGGAGAGAAAGCUACAAGAGUUGCUGAGGCUAGACCAGUUAUGGUAAGGUGUAUAAAUACAUGACUCUUAUAUUGGACACUCCACUGUAUGAGAUAUAUGCAGUGUGGUGAGAAAGCUAUGAGACUAAAAUGAAAUAAAAAUAUGCAGUAUGAGUAUUGUUUCAUGAGAGGCUGCUGUAGAUGCACUGAAGUAUGACCUUUGCAGUGCUGCUAACUGUAACCAGUUGGGAUUCGGGGAAUAUAUUUGUAAAUUUAAAAUUUCAUGUAAUGUAUAGCUUUUCAAAGUAUUAACCCAUGUUUAUUUUAAUGCAAAUAUAUUUUCAUGUUCAGACAGCUUAGUGAAGUGUCUGGGUUGGACCGUGAUUCCAUUCGCUCUAGAGGCAUGGACACAUGCAUAUCACUCCAAGACACUCGGCCUACUGUCCAUUGUACUAAGGGUAUACUUUUCCCCGGAGUAAAGCAACCAGAAGCUGACUGCCGCCGAUUGCUGGGUCUAAAAAUGCACGGAACUCUCUGUAGUCCGCUUUGGCAUUUUGCUUAGAUACAGAGCCAACUUUGCCUGUAUUUAGCAGCUUAUAAGAUGAUCUCAUAUAAGGCAUAAGGGAUUAAUAAUCUCAUUACAUGUCCAUAUAAAAAUUUAGUAAAAUUUUCCAGCUGAAAUAAAACUUAUUUUCACAAUACCUGUUCUGGGUUCACAUGCUGUUACCCUGGUAAAACUUGUACUUGUUAAUAGUUCUUUGUCCUUUUUGUAUUAUUGCUGCCAGACUUUAUGGCCAAGUGGUUAACACUCCUGCAUCAUAUUCAGGAGGUCCCAGGUUCAAAGCUGAGUUAAGGGACUGUCUAUCAAGGCAGGGUUUCAUUUUUCUCAGCCCCCCAGGCAAAUGCUGGAUAGUACUGUAAAUUAGACCAUGACAUUUUCUUUCCAGUUUGGUAUUUGUUCAUAUUUUCUCAUUUGACACCAUAUAACAUGAGCUACUACUGACAGUAUCAGUAAUGUAAUCAUAAAUCAGAUGUAAAUAAAUAAAUUUGUCACUGAUCUCCGGCUUCAGAAAUACUUGGGAGAUGACACAUAAUUAUUGGUCCUUUUUGCGUACCAAAGUAACUACAAAUUGAAAAUUGGCUGCAUAUUGUUCAAACAAGUAAUAUGAACGUUGGUGUUAGUGCUAAUACCAUACUGUAAAUUAAAUUUUAACUAUUGCCAUAAAGGUUCAUAGUGUAUCCACAAACUAAGCACUAUCUGGCAACUGUGGCUUACUUAAAUUUUGCUUAUCUGUAGUGUAUUAACAAGAAAAUAUUUACAAACUAUUUUUCUGUGUUGUUCUCUUUGGUCAAACAACACCUAAGUAUGCGAGAUUUGAAGUUUUCACA